UGCUCUUUCUCUCUCUCUCAAAUAAUAAAAAUAGUAAGUCUUAAGAAAAGCAAAACUCUUACUAAGCACCUGCUAUAUAGUUUUAUCAGUCCGGUGUUUUUACCUGUAUUAGCCCAUGUAAUCAUCACAAUAUGCCUUUUACAGACAAGGAGACUGGAUUCAGAGACUUAAUUACAUAUUUUGCUAAGGAUCACCAGGCUAUUGAGCAGGAUCAGACUGGAAUUCAGGUAGAUCUCACUCCAUAAACAUCUACCUGCUCUGAAAGCCACCCUUGGUACCCUUAGCUUUAGGGAAAAGGCUCGGUAAAGGAUUGAGGCAAGGGAAGGAUUAGGCUGUUUCCCCACUGAUCAUCUGAAUUACAAUCACCUGGGAUACUUUAUAAAACUCCAGAUUCUUGGAACUGCCAGUAUCUUUCCCAAUCUCGGCCGUCUUUGUACCUCUAUUUCACACUCACUGCGCAGGAUUGCACAAUAAUGAACUCUUACUUUAGCAGCUACUUUCUUCCGAUCAGACGCUAGUGGAUUUGCACAAACACUAGGAGACCUCACACAGCGGCUUAGAGUGUCUCACGUGAGUCCAAAAGAAGAAGCGCAAAGGUUCCAACUGCGAUUGCUUCCCAGGGAGGUGGAGAGGCGCCUGGCUGGACACUCGACCGAGGAGGGCUGACUCCCCUGUUCCGCAGAAAUCGAGAUGGCGGCGACGGUGAUCCUGCAGCCCGCGGGCCGCUGCAGCUGGGACGAGCCCGUUCGCAUCGCCGUGCGCGGCUUGGCCCCGCGACAGCCCGUCACGCUGCGCGCGUCCCUGCGCGACGAGAAGGGCACGCUCUUCCGGGCCCACGCGCGGUACCAAGCCGACGCCGGCGGCCUCCUGGACCUGGAGCGCGUGCCCGCGCUGGGCGGCAGCUUCACGGGGCUCGAGCCCAUGGGGCUGCUCUGGGCCCUGGAGCCCGAGAAACCCCUGGUGCGAUUUGUGAAGCGGGACGUGCAGACGCCUUUCGCCGUGGAGCUGGAGGUGCUCGACGGCCACGAGCCGGACGCCGGGCGCGUCCUGGGCCGGGCGGUGCACGAGCGCGACUUCCUGCGGCCGGGCGUGCGGCGGGAGCCGGUGCGCGCGGGCCGGGUGCGCGCCACGCUUUUCCUGCCCCCAGGUGCAGGACCCUUCCCUGGGAUCAUCGAUCUGUUUGGAAGUGGUGGUGGCCUUUGUGAAUACAGGGCUAGCCUCCUGGCUGGACAUGGUUUUGCUGUGCUUGCUUUGGCUUAUUUUGGAUUUGAAGACCUCCCUGAAUAUUUGGAUGAUAUGCACCUGGAGUACUUUGAAGAAGCCGUGGACUUCAUGCUGCAGCAUCCAAAGGUGAAAGGCCCUAAUGUUGGGCUUCUUGGCUUCUCCAAAGGAGGCGACCUGUGUCUCUCUAUGGCCUCUUUCUUGAAAGGCAUCACUGCCACGGUACUUAUCAAUUCCUGUGUGGCCAACACAAUAGUUGCUCUGCAUUACAAGGAUAUGAUUGUUCCCAGUCUUGGCAGUGACAUAGGAAGAUGUACAAUUAAUGAAUCAGGACUUUGGAAUUUUCUGGAUGUUUGGGACAAUCCACUGGAGGAACGCAAUCACCCAAGUAUUAUUCCACUGGAAAGGGCCCAGGGGCCCUUCCUGUUUAUUGUUGGCAUGGAUGAUCAUAACUGGAGGAGUGACUUCUAUGCUCAAAUAGCCUCUGAACGGUUACAAGCCCAUGGGAAAGACAGACCCCAGAUAAUCUACUACCCAGGAACUGGUCAUUGUAUUGAACCAGCUUAUUUUCCUCCUUGUAGAGCUUCUGUACAUACAGUGUUACACCAACCAAUAUUCCAUGGAGGUGAGCCAAAGGCUCAAUCAAGGGCACAGGUAGAUGCCUGGCAGCAAAUUCAAACUUUUUUCCAUAAACAUCUCAAUGGUAAAAAAUCUGUCCAGUGCAGCAAAAUAUAACAUUGUAAUCAUAGACCAGAUACUAUUAAUAAAAAUCUAAUUCAUA